AUGGUGCACCACAUCGUCCCUCCAAUCCAAUCGCUCGUGCUGCUCGUAGCAGACACACUUGGGAGCGUCGUGAUUGUUGGAGACGUGGUCUCGCUGCUAAUAAUGGACGGCUCUCCAGGAAUUGUGGUGACAGUUGGCAAUCCGAUUGGAGUCCAACAUGUUGUCGUUCCCGCAUCUCUACUGGAAACUGUAGGUGCAGUAUCGCUUCCUGAGCUGGGGCGUGUAACGGUCGUGGUUGCAACGUGA